CCUGGCCCAAGGACUGCAGCGAGAUAACCUGGAACAGGGUCAGUGGCGUCUUCGUCAUCCAGCCCACAGGACUCCAUCAAUUCGAGGUCUACUGUGAGCUGAACAGCACCAGCGAGGGCUGGACGGUCCUCCAGCGGAACCGGCACGACACACAGAUCACUUGGGCUGAGUCCUGGAGCACCUACAAGUACGGCUUUGGCAACGUGCAGGAUGACUACUGGCUGGGGACGGAGUACAUCUAUCAGAUCGCCAAGCAGAAGGUCUACCAGAUCAGGUUUGUCAUCCACGAUUCAUCCGGCACCAUGAAAUACGCAGACUACAACCUCUUCGGUCUGGAAGAGGAGUCCAAAGGCUACAGGCUGAGGCUGGGCUCUUACACUGGGACUGCAGGGGACGCCAUGACUUCAAACAAUCCUACCACCGUGCAUGACAACAUGAAGUUCUCUGCUAAAGACCUGGAUCAGGACAUUUACGGUGGGAACUGUGCGUCUAGCUAUGGUGGGGGCUGGUGGUACUCGGCUUGUCAUUCUGUUCGACUGAACGUCAAAGGGAGCAUCACUUGGGGUAGUUUCUGUAGUGGGAACUGCCAAGCCUCUGCCAUCCUCAUCAAACCAGCGUCUUACUGUUAGUCACCCCUUCCCCACCUUCCUGUCUGCAGUGAGACCAACCCCUGCUCCACGAAGGGAGGGAAAAGGGUCAGAGUGUGUCAUGGCCAAACCUCACACCCAACUUGGAGGGGGAAGUAUCAUGUUUAUCCAAAAUGGGGCAACUUUCUCUUUUCUUUUCUUUCAUGCACUUUCCGAGCUAAUAUCUGCUGGGCACUUGUGCUUUGCGUUGACUUGAUUUAGUUAUAUUCGUAAUCAGAAGAAUCAUUUGCAAAACCUGCAGUAUCCAGAUGUAGAAGCUCCGGGGAGAGUAAAUGCCUCCGAUCCGUAGUGACUUUUCAGUGUCUUUUGCUCUCAGACUCAUGUGCAGUUCCAGAGGUCACGGGUGGGGAAAUCCAGAAACACAGAAGGGUUUUUAGAAACACCCGCUCUACUGCUCAUUAGC